CUUCAUCUGCUCACCCGAGAUCGGGAUGCAUCUCUGUCGCCAUCGUCGUCCUUUGUUAAACUUACAGUCUACCAUAUGACACAGUUUUCGGCCUUCGAUGGUGGUCUGUUCAAACUAAAUCGAUCCCAUAUGUCUCUAUUUAUUACGACUUAGAACAGAUACAUGGUGCUCAUUCUUGUCAUGUCCUUGCAUUGGACGUGAAGUGGGGUUCGAUUCUCUUUCCCUUCUUUGCUCCAACACAGCCAAAUCCUCUUUUACCCCUCUAAUCAGUAGUCAUUAUCUGUGUUCGAGUUUCAAAUACUUAAUUACACAUUGUCAAUGGUUGGUGUUGAACCAAAACGCGGUGCCCAAAUGGUCAUCAAUGAUUUUGGAGUCAUUGCCGUUUCUUUAAUAUGCUUUGCCAUUCAAUCAUCUUUCACCCCAGUUAGGAACAUCCCAGUUUUUUAAUGCCGUGGUGAUCUGUCAGAAUCUUUGGCAGACUAUAAAUGAUUUCGCAAGCUCUGGCUUAGUCUUUCAAACUCGAGCUUGCUUGCGAACUUUCUUUUCUCGUUUGUGCAGUGCUUGAAGCAUCGGACCCUGAAGAAUGGGCAGGCAACCCUGUUGCGAUAAGGUCGGGCUGAAGCGCGGUCCAUGGACUAUUGAGGAAGACCAUAAGCUUGCGAGCUUCAUCAUGAAUAAUGGCAUCCGUUGCUGGAAGACGGUUCCCAAACUCGCAGGUUUGCUGAGAUGUGGCAAAAGUUGCAGAUUGAGGUGGAUCAAUUACUUGAGGCCUGAUGUUAAGAGAGGCGGUUUCACCGAGGUGGAGGAAGAUCAAAUCAUUGAACUUCAUUCGCGUCUCGGUAACAGAUGGUCCAAGAUUGCUUCGCAUUUUCCGGGUCGCACCGACAACGAGAUCAAGAACCAUUGGAACACCAGAAUCAAGAAGAAGCUGAAGCUUCUUGGGCUAGACCCAGUGACCCACCAGCCAAUUCAAGAAGAUCAAAACAAUGCACAAGAGAUCGUAAACAAGACAGACAUGGACCUGAAUCCAAUUACAGAAGAAAGCUUGUACUGUGAUAAUAAACCCACAGCAUUAGAGGCUGAUCAAGACAAGCUGGAGGCUUUUCUAAUGGAGGAAGAGAUCGGGCUAAUGACGUUCCAAGAAACUGCCGGCCUGCUGGAGAAUUUCGAGUUGUUGUGCGGAAGCUUCAGUGAAGAUCAGGAAGGGUCAUGGAGGAAUCACCAAGAAAUGAACACACCUGUUUCUCAGAGUUCAUCAGCUUCUGUGGAAGAUUCUCAUCCGCUUCAGCAACACCAGCAAAACCAGCAGCAACAAUGGGUUGAUAGUGUGGAGUCUGUAAUGUCAUGGGAUGGGCUUGAUUACUUAGAACAAGAGCUUUUCUUCUUGGAAAAUGGACAUUUACUAUGAACAUACACAACACUAUGUUCUUUCUGUUA